AUGGUAUACAUCAAGAAUACUAACAAUGUUUCUUUUUUUAGGGCUAACUUGAGAACUCAAAAGAGACUUGCUGCUAGUGUCAUUGGUGUUGGUAUGAGAAAAGUUUGGUUGGACCCAAACGAAACCACUGAAAUUGCCAACGCUAACUCCAGAAGUGCCAUUAGAAAAUUAUACAAGAAUGGUACUAUUGUUAAGAAACCAGAAACUGUUCACUCUAGAUCUAGAGCUAGAGCUUUGAAAGAAUCCAAGAGAGCUGGUAGACACAUGGGUUACGGUAAAAGAAAAGGUACCAAAGACGCCAGAAUGUCAUCUCAAGUUUUAUGGAUGAGAAGAUUAAGAGUCUUGAGAAAAUUAUUGGCUAAAUACAGAGAUGCUGGUAAAAUUGAUAAACACUUGUACCACAACUUGUACAAAGCUGCCAAAGGUAACACUUUUAAACACAAGAGAUCUUUAGUUGAACACAUUAUUGCUGCUAAAGCUGAAGCUUUGCGUGAAAAGGCUCUUAAAGAAGAAGCUGAAGCUAGAAGAGUUAGAAACAGAGCUGCUAGAGAAAGAAGACAACACAGAUUGGCUGAAAAGAAGGAAGCUUUAUUUGCUGAAGCCACUAACUAA